UCUUCUUCUCAAGUCAUGAAUAAAAGCAUCAAAAAGUAUUGCGACAACCUCUUGGACUCGACACAACGAUACCAAAAAAAUUCAUCAACUUAAUGCCAGUAAAUACCAAGCUAUCUUCCGCAGCAAUAAAACGAUACUUUUACUUUACUACUUUGAGAUAGAUAAUAAUUCUUUGAUCGCAGUUUCCCCCCAGAGUUUCCAAUUGAGCAAGCAGACAAAUCAAUCUUGACUUGAUCUGCCAGCUUUUUUUCAUUGAAAACUCUUCGCAUCGCUUUUGCCUAUCAAAGUCUCUACAAACUCUUCUAGUUUCUAUAUCUGUCACUUGCAAUCAGUUUGUAUCUCCUAAAUUAGGACAUUGUCGAAAAAUCGAACUCAUUCAACCUUAAUACUUUCUUGUCCUGUGUGCAUUCCACACUCAUAACAAAGAUAUUUAUGACUUCGCAACCGCCUGAGUUCCAUACCAAAAUUCAGUCUCCGCUCUCUCCACUUCCGGUUCACCUCCCUAAUCCAUCCGAUAUUUCUGUUCUUCGAAAUCAGAUUGAUCCGACUUUCAACAUGACCACGACCCACGAGCCACCCAAGGCUCCCCUGGUGGUUCCCAAUAUCACCGAGUCCAUGAUAGUUGACAAUAUUGAAUCCCCGCAAUCCGAUACUCGAUUUUCAGAUGCAUAUGAUGAAAAGGAUGAGGAGGAUGCAACAGUAGCAAAAGCUGAGGAGGAAGAUGCAAGCGAUGAUUAUGCCAUGACAUUUGACUCUGAUGGGGAAGAACAUUCAGAUAGUCACGAUAUAUCACAGGCAGUUGACCAAGAGUUGAGCAAUCUUUCUAACGCAGUGCCAACCAGCGAAUUGCCUACUUCUCUUUCCAACGAUCGAUCUGCCACAUCUGAUUCCCAAAAUGGCCCAGAAACCAAACCCGCCCUUAUUAUCCCUUCUCUUACUGUCCCUUCGAUUCCUCAAUCUACGGCUGCCCAAAGCUUUGAUCAUUCUCAAAAUCCCAUUACCAAAACGGAACCCACAAGUUCUGAGGAUUCCAACGGAGAAAUAGACAUCCAGCAACUUUUGGACAAUAUUACUGCCAAUGCCGAAAUAAAUGCACAGGCUGCCAGCCCAAAUUCUUCCUCUUCUAGCAAUGCCCCUCCAAAAGGUAGCUCAAGUCUGCCUACCCAUGCAAGCCUUCCCCCUCGUCCACAAAUUACACAAAUUCCCAAACGUUCCAAUUAUACCUCUUUCGAUGAGCCCCUUAAGUACAAUGUUGGAGGUUCAGGUUAUUCACACCCAUCCAAUUCCUAUAACCCUUCUGGUGUAACAUCAUCAUUAGUUGCAGUCGGUGCUCCUGGUACCGCUACCGAUUCCCGAUAUGGACUUCCCCCACCCCCUUCUGUUUCUUUCAAUCACUCCCCUCAAGAUGCGAAUAGCCCACAACCCUAUUUACAAUCCCAUCGCAUGCCAUCCGUUCUAUCCUCUGAUGGACAUGAUAAUGAUGACAGACCAUGGGGUCCGAUAGUCCAGAAAAAAUAUGAUGAAUUCCUUGAUAGAGAACGCACAUAUGUCACUGAAGGGCUUUGGGAACGAUUCCCAAAAGGCUCACGAUUGUUUAUAGGUAAGAGAGUCUUAUGUAACAACACUAAUCCUCAAAUCUAAUAUUCCUUCAGGUAAUCUCCCAUCGGAAAAACUCACCAAACGAGAUCUUUUCCAUGUUUUUCACAAGUAUGGUGAACUUGCCCAGAUAUCAAUCAAACAAGCAUUUGGCUUCGUUCAGUUCCAUGAUGCAUCAGCUUGUCAUAAAGCUCUCGAGAUGGAGCAGGGAAAAGAAGUCAGAGGCCGCAAAAUGCGUAAGUCUUUCAAUAUCCCUUCCCGGGCACAGGCUAACUUUUUUCCCGUUCAGAUCUCGAAGUCUCCAAGGCACAAAAGAACACACGAAAGGAUCACACUAACGGUCAAUCCUGGAGAAGAUCCCAAUCUCCCGAACAUACAAGAGGAAACGCAUCAGGUCGUAAUCGGAAUGCCCAAUUCGAAACUCGUGGUUCUGGCUACAACCAUAAUGAUCGCCAUAGAUCACAACAACAUGGGAAUCAGCGUACACAUGAUGGAUAUCGGCCGGGUAGAUCGCCAUCGCCAGUUCGAGGCUAUAGAGGUAGAGAUGAAUACAGAUCUAGCCGUAACAAUGACUCGUACGAUAGUAGAGAUAGACGUCGUUCACGAUCUCCAUUUUCAGGCGGACAGCGUGGCAGCUAUCGAGACCGGAGCCCGAGUCCCAGAAGUCGUGAAGCUAAUGAAGAUGGUGCACUUCAAAUUCCGCGACGUGAACCCCCAAUGGUUCCUGAUGUUCAAAUCAUUCUCAUGGCGGAGCUAGACCGAGGAUUUGUCUCCUGGGUUGAGGGAGAACUCCGUGGACGAGGUGUGAAAACCGAAGUAAUGUUCCUCAGCCCUCGACUCCCUCUGCAAGCUGUCGUACGAAGACAGAUUCUUGAAGGUGUCAUCGCCGUUUCUCAACUUGAUAUGAGAUCUCAAAAUGCCAGCAAAAUACCCCUUCAAGUAUUUGAUCGCUCAGGAGGCAUAAAUGCUGCCGUUCGAUUCGACGAAUAUCAAGACCUGGAACCUAAAAUUGCUGCCGAGCUUGUUGUACGUGCGAAAGCCACGGCUCAAGGACCUCAGUACCCACCAAAUCCAGCUCCAGUGUACCAAGCACCAACAGCACAACCAAACUCAAGCCUUGCAAAUAUUAUGGGACAGUUGGAUAAUCCUACUUUGCAGAAAUUACUAGGUACAUUAAAUAAUAUGCCUCAGCAACAAAAUGCACCCGCUGUGGCAGCAAACUCGCCAGUUGACAUUGUGAGUUUGUUAGGUGGUCUAGCUCCACCACAGCAACAAGUCUAUCAGCAGCCAAUCCCACAAGCAGCAGCGGGUCCUUAUGGUGGCUAUAAUAAUAACGUUGUAUAUGGACAACCAGCUGCACAACAAAAUGGACAAGAUGCACAGCAGGUUCAGGCUAUUAUGGCUCAAUUAGCCAGAUAUAGACAGUAAAUAGUGGAUUCAUGGUCGGUUUUUUUCUUUAUCUGGGAGGCUAUCGUUAAAUUUGCAUACUGGGAUGGAGUUUUAAUAUGUAUCAAGCUAUGAAUUAUGUUACGGUCGGUCUUUAUUGCAUGUGCAUCCAUUCAAGGGCGUGGUGGCGGGCAUUGGCGAGGAGUUAUCAUGAUGUAAGAGUUUGUGCUUAUACUACUUGUAUGAUGUGUGGAUGCAUGUAAUUUCAUCCAGGGGAGGUAUUGGAGGCAAAAGAGAAUAGGGAGAAAUCGCUUGUUGCGUAAAUUGAUUAUCUCUGCUCUGCUCCUUAUAAAUAGUAAAUAACAAA